GCCCAGGGGGACAGGGUUUGUCAGGCCUUGGGCGGGGUGGCAGGGCAGGUGACAGGGUUUGGUAGUGGUGACAGGCUCGCUGACGGUGUUUGGCAGAGGUGACAGUUCGGGAGGAGUUACAGGGCAGGUGGCAGGGCUUGACUUUAGUAACGGGGUUUGGCAGGGAGAUAACAGGACGAUCCCUGAAAGAUCUGGGUGUGGAGGGAUGACUGGGGAUUCCUGACCCCAGUGAAUCCACUAAUGGUGUUUUGCUCUUGACUUUUUUCAUUAUAUCAAAUUCCUUUGUGUUCAGGAGGGACUUAGAGACAGCAUAGGAACGAAAUAUUAAGCUGGACAGGUAAAGGAAAAAUGGCUAUCAAACAAUAGUUAAAAAAUUUAUUCUUAUUUUAAAGCACUGAAGAUACGACUAUAGUUGUCCUGGUGUAGCCAGUAAGUGUUUUAUAGUUUCCUAUAAAGCAGAAUUAGCAGUGAAAACAUUUAUAAUUCAAAUGAUUAAUUGGUUAAACUGCAGAUGAGUAAUGUAGUCUGAGAAUAUCAACCAGCUUUUUGAAAACAGUGCGACUAAUCUUAAUAAGAUUUUUUCUCAAGCUAAAUUUAAAAUUCUGUGUCAAGAGACAGUUAAAUGUAACUGGAAGAUUUGGCAUAGCUCCCGCUGAUUUCCAGGUGUUGGAGUAUUUUCUGCAAAUUUGAACUAAGUAUUCCGUUGAGAUUUGCAAGUCCCUAUUCAAGCAUGGCUGCAUUAGCCACUAAGUAUCUUCAAGAUUAAAAAAAAAUCUUAAAUUUGUAUUUAAGUUUUUAGAUACAGCUGGGUUUACAUACUAUGGGUAUGUGGUGGCAAUCUGCCUCCUUCAGGAUGAAUUACCAGAAAAGUUAAUUUACUCAGUGGCCAAAAUGUAGGUAUCAUGUGAUAAAUAUGUAUUUAGCAUGUAGCUGAAGUGUGUGCUCUUGGAUGACAAAGGACCGCUUGACCGUUCACAUGACUCAGUAGGCAUCCAUCACGGAAGAGGGCACAGUCACAUGAUAGGUGCAUACAUAGCUCCCCGAAAGGCUCAGAAAGUUCAUCCUAGCCAAAGGUAGGGUGCUGGUUUGCACUGAGCUGCUGGUUCAUUUGGCAUCUCAUUAGGGAAGGUGUCAAUUCUCAAGGCUAGCCAACUGAUGUAUUGCGCAACGGACAGUGGAGGUAGAAAAUGCAAUAGCAAUCUUAUGUCCUUUCAGAUGCCAAGGACCCCAGCUAUUGCAGCAUGAGACAAGCCCUCUCACAUUGGUGCCUUCAGUGUUUGACAAGGAACCUUUCCAGAUAUGCUGCAGAUAUUAAGUCAAUGCCACCCAACAUAAAGGAUAAACUGAUUAAAUUAAUGAGUAGGCAAGGGCAAAUAACCGAUUCAAAUAUUGGUGAGGUGUUGCACCCUGCUGUAGAGUCUUUAGACCUCCGAGACUGUGAUAUUUCAGAUAAUGCAUUAUUGCAACUUUAUAAGUGCAAGCAACUGAAAAGAAUCAACUUAAAUUCUUGCAAAGAAAACAGAUUGGGAAUCACUUCAGAAGGUGUCAUAGCGUUGGCCUUAUCCUGUCCUUACUUGCGUGAAGCGUCUUUUAAAAGGUGCUGUGAUAUAACUGACAGUGGAGUACUUGCUCUUGCGCUCAACUGCAAGUUCCUACAAAUAGUGAACUUGGGCAGCUGUUCAGGCAUCAUGGAUGCAUCUCUGCAGGCACUAGGAGAAAACUGCAAAUUUCUUCACAGUGUGGACUUUUCAUCUACUCAGGUAACAGAUGAUGGCGUUGUAGCACUAGUGAGUGGAACGUGUUCAAAGAAUUUAAAGGAGAUCCACAUGGAGCGCUGUGUGAAUCUGACUGAUGUUGCUGUGGAAGCGGUCCUUACUUGUUGUCCGAAGAUACACAUUUUUCUGUUCCAUGGAUGUCCAUUGAUAACAGAUCGUUCCCGAGAUGUUUUAGAGCAGCUAGUCAUAUCAAACAAAAUCAAGCAAGUAACAUGGACCGUUUACUGAUUUCUUUAUCGUUUAUGUAUGAGUGUAAAGUUUACAGAUGGAAGAGCUCUUUCAGAAAGCAAGCACCCUGGAGAAAUAGCUGGUGACUUUUGUACCACCAGCUUGCUUCCCUCGUUGUUCCCACCAGAGGUCUCCGUCACCAUUCCAGUCCUGACCUGGGCUUCCCCACUGUGUCUACUCAAAGCCUGUCGUGUCUUUGCAUCGCUGAUCAUACUUAAUUAAGAGGAAAGUUAAACCAUAAUUAAUGUUACGCUGUAAUUGCUCAGCCUCCUUCAAGUAUCCGAUUUGGCUACUAAGCAUCUUUUAGCAUCUGAGCUACAUACACAAACCCAGUUUAAGUAAAUCUGGGCUCUGAGUUUGUAGUCUGAGAGGGUAGUUGCAACUAAAAGUACCAAGACCAAACAUAGUGUUAACACUUAUGAGGAAGUGUCUGUAAAGUUGGGACUUAAAUCUGACAAGUCAACAAGCAGAACUGGUGAACGGAGGUGGCAUUAACGACAAUGUAAAUGCAUUUUAAGUAGUAACAGUCUCCUUUCACCGUGUACUUUUGCUAGGUCUGGAAGAAAAAGUGUAGGUAUCUUUUGAUAUUACUGAUGCUGCAGGUUUCUGAUUUUAUUGACCAUCAAAAACUUGCUGGAUUUUCUUACAUACAAAACUACAGUCUGUGAAUGUGUCAACAUAAACUUGCUUUGAAAUUGUGGUGUCUUAUCAAAUUUCAGAGUAGUAGCGAUGACCAAUAAAAGAAUCAUAUGUAUGGGCAAAUAAUUAUUUGCUCUGGCUUUUGCGUAUGUUUCUUCAUGAAAAUCCUUUUAGAGGGCAAAACACUGGUCCUCGUAAGCAUAGCUCUGAGUGAGUAGGACCAAAUUUCAUGUCUGAAUACAUGAAUCUCAGGAUGGUAGAGUUCAGCAGAUAUGUGUUCCACUGUAUGUGGUUUAUUAUAUUUCCAGUGCUGAAAAUAACUAUUUAUAUAUUGCUCCAUUGUAGUCGUAUUAAAGAACAAAAGUAAUUUACAAGUGUAGAAUGAGUUUAUUACGUGAUGGACCAGUGGUAUCACUACAAUUGUAAGUAUGUUCAUUAGCUUUCUUGAAACAGCAUAACCUAUAGUGAGACUGAUUUCUACAUGCAACUUUUUUAAAUGCUAGCAGUUUAGCAUACAGGCAGGUAGCACGCUAUGUUUAGCUAGGCUGGUCUUACAUGGGUCUGAUGACCUUUAGAAACCCAUGAGUUUAGGCAACUAUAAGGAAUAUGUUUAUAAUUUAACAGUUGUAGCCACACUUAUUUAAGUGUUGCAGAAAUAAACCAGUCUUCUGCUAAUCUAUUUAAAGUUCAGGUCGAAUUGCAGGGAAGAUAAUAGUAUAUAUGUUUCAUCCAGUAAUAAUGAAGGGUAUUACGAUGUCUGAUAAUAAUCUCUGUUCUUCUGUUAUGAUAUGGUUUAUGGAAGAGCAAGCCCAUUUAGAAAACUUGUUCAAGUCUAACUGAAAGCAUAAUUUUCAAACUGCAGUGCCUCAAUCCCUAAGUCUUAUUGCAUGCAGUACCAUGGCUCAGCCCAGUGAUGAAUGUGUUCCUAUGAUAACGACAGGUAUAGCUGCACCAGUACAAACCGUUCCUGCAAACAGGAGAAGCUGAUUUUGCUACAUUAGCAACUAGCAUCUGAAGGCUUUAACUGCAGCAAAUCCUUGGACUAGAUAGAGGACUAAGAACCUAAUCUACCAUGUUUUAUUGGCUUUUUUGGCUAAAGAUCAGUUUAAUGUUUUCCCCUAUGGAAUCCCUAGUAUCAAUCAGGGCCCAUCAUUCCUUUGAAUUCUUGGACAUAUGUGGGCGAUAUGUUUGUUUUGUGUUAUUUUUUCAUAUUGAUCCAAUCUAGCUAAUUAGGCAGCAGCCAUGACACGCUCAGUAGUUGUCGAAUAAGUAAACAUAAGGAUCAGGCUGCCAGCCCUGGUUUCAGGAAGGGUGCCACAAAAAGAGUAGGUAGAAUUGUAAGCUAACUCAAGUGGGGAAGGGGCCUCGGGAGGUUUCUAGUCUAACUUCCUGCCCAAAGCAGAGCCAACUCUGAGCUCAGACCAGCCUCAUCAGGGGCUUGAAAAACAGUCUUGAAAAACAGAAGAUGACAGAGCCUUCACAAGCUUUUGAAGCAACUUCUUCCACUGCUUGACUGUAUUAAUGGUGGAAAAUGUUUUCCUUCUAUCCUGUUUGACCCUAUUGUGUUUCAACUUACACCCUUUCUCACUGGAAGAACCUGGCUGUCAUCCUGACAACCUCCUCAUAGGUAUGGGCAGGCUGCUCAUGGGUCCCUUGAGGACUUCUCUUUUCCAAGCUGAACAAGCCCAGUUCCCUCAGCCUGUUAUUGUAAGACAUGUAACUGUAACAUAGUGCGGUGAUGGUCACCAGACUCUCAUCUCAAGUGCUACACACAGAAAGAAAAUCAUAAAUUAAGGUAAUGUAAAGCAGCUAAAGGUGCAAGACAGUGCUACUGCUAACCUCACUGGCAAAGUGAGAUUUUUCCCCUUGCUAAUGUAACCUUGGAUUUGUCAUGGUGAAGGAAAAUGCAGCUUACACUGUGUCCUUAAACAUGCAUGUCUGUCUUCUCCUAUAGCCUUUUCUAAAUGUGUAACAGUGGUAUAGCUUUACCUUGUGCUUAAAAAUCUGUAUAACACUGUAAUGAAUUAACACUGUAUUUUUAGGUUUGGAAGUUUAAUAUGUCACAUUAAAUCCUUCACCGUCAGA